AGGACUUUGUUUCAGCUGUUUGGUCAGAGGACAUCUUAGUAAAGAUUGCAAACGAAAGAUGUCAUGUCAGUUUUGUGCUCAAAAACAUCCAAGUCUGCUUCAUGUUUUAAGACUUGAAGAAAAUAAACCUGAAUCAACCAGUGAUAAAAAUGAACCACAGGUCUCAUCAAGUGCACUUGCAUCAGUGCUUAAGGAAAAUGAUUUGACUGGGGAUAAAGAUAGUAUUCUUGCAAUAGUGCCUGUAAGAAUCAAAUCAAAGAAAAGUCCAAAAAUGGUUGAAACUUAUGCCUUUAUUGACCCAGGAAGUUCUGGUACUUUUUGUACUGAAGAUUUAGCAAGACAGCUCAAUCUCACAGGCAGAAAAACAAAGAUUUUUCUUACUACUAUGAAUAAACAGUCCAGCACUGAUAGCUACAUGUUGACUGACCUGGAAGUGAGUGGUAUGGAAGGAUGUAUGUUUAUUGACCUGCCAAAAGUAUUCACACAAAAGGAGAUACCAGUGAGCAAAGCAAACAUCCCUCUGCAGGGAGAACUGGAUCAGUGGCCAUAUCUGAAGGAUGUUAAAUUGCCAUGCAUAGAUGCUGAUGUGAGUCUUUUGAUUGGAAACAAUGCAUACAAGGCCAUGGAACCCUGGAAAGUGAUAAACAGCCAGGACAGUGGACCAUAUGCAGUGAGAACACCACUCGGUUGGAUAAUAAAUGGACCCCUCAGAGAUCCCAAUGGAGCCUGCUCAGAAAUGGAAAAGCAACAACAGGUUACUGUUAAUAGAGUCAGUUUGGAAACAAUAGAAGAACUCACAAGGCAACAAUACAACCAUGACUUCCCUGAAAGAAACUGUGAUGACAAGUUGGAGAUGUCUCAUGAAGACAACCUUUUCAUGGAAAAAGUAACUAGCUCACUAAGUUCUAUCAAUGGUCAUUACUGUAUGAAGCUUCCUGUCAAACAUGAGUCUGUCACAAUGCCAUGCAACAAAAAAUUGGCUGAACAACGUGCAGUUAAUCUGAAAAGGAAAUUUCAAAGAAACCCAUUGUUCCAUGAUGAAUACAAAACAUUUAUUUCAAACAUGUUGGAGAUGGGCUACGCAGUACAAGUACCGAAUCAACAACUCAACAGACCGGAUGGAAGGAUUUGGUACAUACCACAUCAUGGUGUGUACCACCCUCGUAAAAAGAAGCUGCGUGUGGUUUUUGAUUGUGCUGCUUCAUUUCAAGGAACAUCCCUAAAUGACAUACUGCUACAGGGACCUGACCUUGCUAACUCCCUCAUUGGAGUCCUCACCCGGUUCAGGCAGGGUCCUAUUGCAAUGACAGCAGAUAUUCAAGCAAUGUAUCAUCAAGUAAAGGUUGCAAAUGAAGACACAGACCUUUUGAGGUUCUUGUGGUGGCCUGAAGGUGACUUCACAAGAACUUUAGAAGAGUUUAAGAUGAUUGUCCAUCCAUUUGGUGCCACAUCUUCACCUAGUUGUGCUAUGUUUGCACUAAGGAGAACAGCUGAGGAUAAUCAAAGCAAAUCAUCAUCAGAAACAGUGGAAACUGUACUAAAUAACUUCUAUGUUGAUGACUGCCUUAAGGCUGUGGAUACCACUGCUAAAGCCAUUGUUAUGGUUGAAGAAUUAACUGCAUUGUGUGCCACAGGAGGGUUUCAUCUAACUAAAUGGGCAAGCAACAGCCGUGAACUGUUGGCUACCAUCCCCGAAGAAGAGAGAGCAAAGGAGUUCAAAGAUCUGGACCUAAGUAAUGAUACAUUACCUAAGGAAAGAACGCUAGGAGUUCAAUGGUGCACUGAAAGUGAUGCUUUCACAUUUACUAUCAAUGUGAAAACCAGACCGAUGACAAGAAGAGGACUUCUCUCGGUGAUGUGCAAGAACAAACUUGGAUGGGAUGAAGAAAUACCUGAAGAAUUUGCAAGAAAAUGGAAAAAGUGGCUUGAUGAGCUUGACUUGCUUUCGAGCUUCAACAUUAACAGAUGCAUAAAACCACCUGAGUUCAAGUCUGUCAUUACAGCUAAACUGCAUCAUUUCUCUGAUGCAAGUGAGUUGGGAUACGGAACUGUCACAUAUCUCAGCUUAAAGAAUGAAGAAGGAAAAUUCCAUUCUGCUUUCAUCAUAGGAAAGGCCCGUGUUGCACCGAUAAAGCAGACUACAAUACCAAGAAUGGAACUUGCAGCUGCUGUCGUUGCUGUAAAAAUGGACAAAAUGUUGAGGAAAGAAAUGCAACUCGACUUACAAGACUCACAGUUUUGGACUGACAGCACUACAGUGUUAUCUUACAUCUCAUCUGAAACACACAGAUUCAAAACUUUUGUUGCAAAUAGAGUUGCAAUUAUAAGGGACAACACAAAACCAUCUCAGUGGAGAUAUGUUAAUACUUCCCUCAAUCCAGCAGACUGUGCAUCACGUGGGUUGACAGCUGAAGAUUUUAUGAAAAAUGAGAAAUGGAUAAAUGGCCCAGCAUUUCUUCAAAGUCUGGAAGAGUCAUGGCCUGAAGGUCAUGAAAGUAAACCUGUGGACCAAGAUGAUGUUGAGUUGAAGAAGAAACUAAAAGUAAACUUAACAUUGACAACAAGUGCUCCAUGCCCUAUUAACCAACUGAUUGAGUACUAUUCCAGUUGGUACAAGUUAAAAAAGGCUAUAGCAUGGAUGCUAAGGCUCAAAGAAAUCUUAUUACAACUUAGCCAGCAAAGACAACUCAUCCAAAAGACAACCAGUAACGCAGAUACGGUCAAGAGGAUGAAUGAGUACAAGACUAAAAUGAAAAUGAAUCCACUAUCAGUACAAGACCUACAAGAUGCAGAAAGGGCAGUUGUUCAGUAUAGUCAAUGCCAACGGUUUCCAGAAGAAAUCUCAUCUUUGCAAAAAGGCGUUUGCGUGAAAAGGAACAGUGAGAUCUAUAAAUUAGAUCCUCUCCUUAUUGAUAACACACUGAGAGUUGGUGGUAGACUUUGUAAUUCAGCCAUGCCUGAAGAGGCUGUACAUCCCGCUAUUCUCUCAAAAGACAUGCACAUAUCAAGACUCAUUCUCAGGAAUAUUCAUGAGCAAUCAGGACACAGUGGAAGAAACUAUGUGCUUUCUCAACUACGACAGAAAUAUUGGAUUCCUAAAGCACAUUCAGCAGUAAGGAAGUUGCUUUCAAACUGUGCUGUUUGUCGAAAGCUUCAUGGAAAACCAGGAGAACAAAAAAUGUCUGACUUACCACAAGAUCGAGUUUUGCCUGAUUCACCACCCUUCACUAAUACAGGUGUCGACUUUUUUGGACCAAUCGAAAUAAAGAGAGGACGGAGUAAUGUUAAAAGAUAUGGUGUCCUAUUUACAUGCCUUGCAAUCAGAGCUGUGCAUAUAGAAGUGGCUCAUUCACUGGACACAGACUCUUGUAUAAAUGCAAUACGGAGAUUUAUGUGUCGAAGAGGACAAGUUAUGGUGCUUCGCUCAGACAAUGGCACUAACUUUGUUGGUGCCGAAAGACAGUUGCGCGAGUCUAUUGAGCAGUGGAACCAAUCAAAGAUUGAGGAUACACUGAGACAAAAUGGAAUUCAGUGGAUAUUUAAUCCACCAAGCGGCUCUCAUCAUGGUGGAGUUUGGGAGAGGCAGGUUCGAACUGUGAAAAGAGUGCUGAGCUCUGUGCUGAAACAGCAGAUGCUUGAUGAUGAAGGUCUCCAAACGGUGCUCUGUGAGGUUGAAGCCAUCAUUAAUGCAAGACCUAUAACAAGUGUUUCGGAUGAUCCUAAUGACAUUGAACCGUUGACUCCAAACCAUUUGCUGUUACUGAAAAAGCAACCUCUGUUACCAUCUGGACUGUUUCAACAGGCAGAUCUCUAUGCUCGCAGAAGAUGGAGGCAGUCUCAGUAUAUUGCUGACCUAUUUUGGAAACGGUGGACGAAAGAGUAUCUUCCCAUUCUUCAAGAACGUCAAAAGUGGUUUCAAAUUAAAGAAAACCUCGGAACUGAUGAUGUUGUCCUAAUCAUGGAUGAAACUGCUCCCAGGAAUGCAUGGGUCAUGGGAAGAGUCCUAAAAACUUUGCCAGAUAAGAAGGGUCUAGUUCGCAGGGUUCUGGUGAAAACAAUGACCAACACAUUGGAAAGACCCAUUGACAAGUUAUGCUUGAUUCAUAAGAAGGACAUUGUAUAGAGACAGUUACAUCACUUCUUUUUUGAAUAUAUUCUAUGUUUUUGCUCUUGCUAAAGUUAUGUUAUAUAAUUGACAUGUUUUCUCCAUGUGCAAUUAUGGGGCCGGAAAUGUAAGAGCCAAAAAUGUUAGUUUUAACAUUGUUUAAUUUUUGUAUGCUUUUUGCAUAUUUAGAUAUUGUUUUUACAGUAAGGUUUUAUUUUACUAUGUUUUUUGUAAAACAGCGCCACCUAAAGGACACAAUUGUAUAUAUAUAAAAAGUGCUGUGUCACUUACGAUAGAAAAGAAAAGAAUGUUGGAUGUAGUGUGGUCGCUUAACCUCUACACAGUUUUUGACCGUUACUUUUAAGGAUGCUGUGCAAGACAAAAUAAUUUUCAUGUUACGCCAAAGAAAGUAAAGUUCAUACUUUGUGUGGAACCGUAAGUAUUGUUUAUUAUUUAAUGCACAAGACAUAUCAAUGAACAGAAACGCGUCAACUAAGAAGAGAUAAGCUAACCGAUACUAACAAAGAAAACUGAAGCUAAUUUAUCAAUAUAGUGGCUUUAUAGAAAAGAACAAGUAGCC